UUGCCCACCAAUAAUUCUUCAAAUCACAUCAUAUAAAGCUGGUUCAGGGGAGUAGCAUAUCGCCACACCAGAAAACCUUCUUACUUGAAGCAAGUCCAUUUUCUCAUUUCUCUUUUUCUUUCCUCUGACAAUCAAUUUCAGAACACCACAAUGGCUGAAGCACUUGUGUCCUUCCUUGUAGAGCAGUUGGGUUCCUUCACCUUCCAACAUGUGGAACAACAUGUGAAACUUGUUGUGAAUGUCGAAGAGGAAGUAGCAACUCUUACCCUCAACCUCAAAACUAUUGAAGCUGUGCUCGCGGAUGCAGAGAGGAGGCAAGUCAAGGAGAACAGCGUGAGACGCUGGCUCAGCAAUCUGAAAGAAGUGUCCUACAAGAUAGACGAUGUGGUGGAUGAGUGGAGCACUGAAAUCCUGAAACAACAAAUCGAGAACCAAGGUGACAAUGCUAUUGUACCUAAGAAGAAGGUAUGUUUCUCUAUUCGCUUCCGGUGUCUUUGUACUGGCCAAGUCGCUCAGAUAAUUUCUCGUCAUGACAUUGCUGGGAGGGUAAAAGAGUUGAAUGGGAGGUUAGCUUUGAUUCAUGAACAGCGAAAACAAUAUAAAUUUCGUCAAAAUGAAAUUGAAUUUGAGCAACCUGAACGAAUCAAAAGUGUUUCAGGUGUCGAUGAAUCUGAGACAUUUGGCAGAGACGAUGAAAGGAAUAAACUAGUAAGCCAGUUAGUGAGUGAGCAUAGUGAAGAAAGGAAGAAGCCUCUUGUCAUAUCUAUUGUAGGUAUGGGGGGGAUAGGCAAAACAACUCUUGCCAAACUAGCCUAUAAUGAUGUAGAUGUAAAGAAUUGUUUUCAUACAACAAUAUGGGUUUGUGUCUCAGAACCCUUUGUACAAAUUGCGGUUGCCAAAGCCAUCCUUGAGAGUCUUGAUGUAAGUUAUGUCCCAAAUUCAAAUGAGUUAGAAACUUUUUUUCGACAUAUAGAGUCAGAAAUUAAGGGCAAGAAGUUCCUCCUUGUCCUAGAUGAUGUCUGGGACUCGAACCAUACAAAGUGGGAUCCAUUCCUGACCACAUUACAGUGUGGUGCCUCAGGGAGUAGAAUUUUGAUUACCACGCGAAUAGCUCAGGUUGCUAGUGCAAUGGGAACAACUAGUGACCACACAAUCGAUAUAAAGGAGUUAGGUGAAAAAACUUGUCGGUCAUUGUUCUAUCACAUUGCAUUUUUUGAUGGUGAGAGAAAAGAGUCUAAAAAGUUUGAAGAUAUUGGUAAUGAAAUCGUGAAAAAGUGCAAAGGCUUGCCUCUUGCUGCUAAGACUUUGGGUAGUCUAAUGCGGUGUAAGAAAACACUGCAACAAUGGGUAGAUGUUUUGAAUAGUAAAAUAUGGGAAUUACAAGAGUUUGAGCAGGAAGUUUUCCAACCGUUAUUACUAAGUUACUAUGAUUUGAAACCAUUGUCCAAACGUUGUCUUUUGUAUUGUGCUACAUUUCCUAAAGAUCAUGUGAUUGUUAAGGAUAAGUUGAUUGAGUUGUGGAUGUCACAAGAUUAUCUUGAAGUCAAAGGAGGAAAUAAAGAAAAGACAACAGUAGGUCAAUGGUGUUUUGAGAACUUAGUAACGCGGUCUUUCUUUCAAGAUAUUGAGGAAGAUUCUAAAGGGAAUAUUAGAAAUUGUAAAAUGCACGAUAUUGUGCAUGACUUUGUGCAAUACUUGACCAAGGAUGAAUGCUUUAGUAUGGUGGUUAAGGGUGCUAAUGAGAGAAUGGAGUUACCGGGUGAUGAGGUCCGUCAUUUGUCUUUAAUGUUUGCACCCAAGGAUCCAUUUCCUGUUUCUUCUCUUAAUUGUAAGAGUUUGCGCACUCUCACAGCUUUUGAAUCAAAACUUACUAGCAUUGGGGUUGAGUUGAUUUCGCAAUCAAAAAGCCUUAGGACUUUGAACUUGAGUGAAAACUCGAUUCGAGAAGUUCCAAAGGAGAUUGGUGGAUUGAUACAUUUGAGAUAUCUGGACUUGUCUGAAAACGAUAAACUGAAGGAAUUGCCCGACAGUUUAUGUGAUUUAUACAAUCUGCAAACCUUGCGACUUGUCGGUUGCUGGGAACUUGUCAAAUUUCCCGAUGAAGAGGCAAUGAGAAAGCUAACCAAGUUAAAGCAUCUUUAUGUUGAGGGGUCCUGUCGUCUAAAAUCAAAAGGGAUAGGGAGGUUAACCGGUCUGCAAAAGCUAGAUGUGUUUCAUCUAAAUGGUUAUAGGGGUGAGGACAAAGAAGGGACGUUGAAGUUGCAAGAUUUGAAAAACUUGAAGCAACUUGAAGGGAGUCUUUCCAUUGCACACUUGGAGUCUGUGGAAGAUGCGAGUGAGGGUGUAAAGGCAUGUUUGAGUGAGAAACAUCUCCUUUAUCAUCUGGUUCUAGAUUUCAUAUGUGAGAAGGCAUGUGGUAAGUGGUUGAGAGCAGAAGGGACGGGCCAAAAUGAUAAUGAUAGAGAAAUACUGAAUGGGCUGCAACCACAUGGAGAUUUGGAAUCAUUGAGCAUCUGGAACUGCCAGCUGGCUACUUCUCCGUGUCCUGAUUGGAUCUUGUCUUUACAUAAUCUGACAUGUCUUGCGCUUGGGUACUAUCGUAAUUGUGAGCUGCUUUCGGGUCCAUUUGGGAGAUUGCCGUCGCUUGAAUGGCUUUCAUUUUGGGAGAUGAAGAAAGUGAAAAAGGUGGGAGUGGAGUUUUUGGGAAUUGAAGAAAGUGAAUUACAAUCACCCUCCUCCUCCUCCUCCUCCUCCUCCUCGUCUUCUCUUAUUUUAUUCCCCAAAUUGAAAAGCCUCCAGUUCAAUGUGAUGCGUGAGUGGGAAGAGUGGGAAGGAGUGGGAGGGGAUUUUCAGAAUAAUAUUACCAUAAUGCCCUCCCUAUCUCGCUUGCAAUUUUGGACCUGCUCGAAACUUGGUACGCUGCCCGACUUCCUGCGCAAGACACCACUACAGACAAUGAUCAUCGGCUUGGGUUGUCCAAUUCUCAGAGAUAGAGUCAGGGACAAAACAAGUGAGGAGUGGGCCAAGAUUUCUCACGUCCCAGACAUCCAAGUGGAGGAAUGUAAGCUGUGGCGAUUUCAGGCGGCGAGUUGUUGAGUGGUCUUGUCUUCUAGGAUUGGGAGGGUCAAGCCUCCAAGUUGUAAUGGCUGGAUUCCCUAAGACCGAAUGCCCCCAUCCUCAGGAAAUUGCUUUGGCUCCCACAGCAAGCUAAAAGCAUUUACAAUGGCAUUGGAAUUUCAAGCUGAUGGUUGAUAUAUCAAGUAGUUUACAAUCAGGUCCUUACAAUCAGUUCUUUUUGUGGUUUAUUUCUCUGUCCUUGCCAGAUCCUCUUCCGCUCUUCUAUCCCCCAAGUUCACUUGAACAUGGCUGAAGCUCUAGUUGACUUUCUCCAACAGUGUUUGGCUUCCAUCACCCUUGACAAAGGUUGAAAGAGAGCUGAGAGCGGUCGUAGGUGUUGACAAAAGAAGCUGCAAACAUCAACCACAAUGCAGAUCAGGAAAAAAUAAAGGGAUUGGGGAGGUCAAACCUCGAAGUUUUAAUGACUGACUCCUUAAGACCAAAUACCUUCAGCCUCAGCUACUCCUUAAUGUGGUGCAGAAUUUCCAGAUACGAAAGUUCUAAUAAAUCUUUGGCUAGUGCGGAAUCAAUAAUCUUCUUUUUAUCCAGGAUUCAAAUUUACAACAUGCUACAGGUACAGCUCAAAUUGAAGCCUAAAGCAUUUUUAAUGGCAUUGGAAUUUUCAAGCUGAUGAGAAGCUACUCUGGUAAGCUACAUAUUCUGUAGUAACUGGUAUAUUGUUCCUUCCCUGAAAAUCUUCUAUGUACAUCAAAAGGUAAUUUGAUCUUCUAUCAUAAAACAUUUUUUUUUUCUUUCCUUUUCAUGGCUUCAGGCUAAGUCCUUGAUUUUUCCCCAAUAUCUAGCAGGGUCGAAGAUCUAAUGCUUCUUCUGAUGCUGGAAACCAGCUCUCUAUCCAGUGGAGAUGUCUUUACUCUGUUGGCUUUAUUUCUUCAAGAUUUGGAAAGGCUUGCAAGCAAAAUCUUAUGUGGAGGGAGAAUAGGGAGGUCAGGUCUUUUUAGUUCUGAUGAUUGGAGUCCACUGACGAGAUGAUCCCCAACCCUUGUAGACUACAGAGGAAUUCUUUACACAACCUCGUACUGUACUGCUCAGAUUUAAUCUAAAAGGAUUUACAAUGGCAUUGAGACUUUCAAGCUGACGGGUGGAUAUAUGCUUUGGUGAUGUCAUCAUAAGAUCAUUCAACUGUACUCCAGCUAGAGAAAUUGAAUCAUCUGCAAAACAGCAUUUUAUUUCAGAGGUUUAUCUAACAAUGAGGAUGCACCAUCAAGAAAACUCAGCACCCAUUGAUGAUGAGAGCAGUCAAGAGUGGAUGUAACCCUGAAUUCCCUUCCAUGGAAACACUGGGGACGACUCUAAAUGGCUUGUAAACAUUGAACAGGUAACUCUUGACAUAUGUAAAACUUGAAGAGUUGAAGAUUAGCAGUUAGUUGAAAGCUCUAUAUAUAGUGCUUUUAAAUUUCCGGGUCUGUUGAAUGUACUAAGGUCGUUGCCUAGUAAAGCAGAUGAGGCAUCUCUUCUAGUUUCUGGACUCCAAUCAAAUGUAUUUCAGGAAGCUAUGGGAGUUUGUGAUCAUGAGUCGUCACACGAGGAAGUUCGACACCAGAUUGUUUCAUUGGAUAUAUAUUUGUACCUAGGAAGGAAAAUAUUCAAGGCAACCAAAUAGUGGUGAAAUUGAUACUUACAUCAUUCAUCAUCUGGAUUGUGAUGAUAUUGUUUUGUGGCUAGUACCCAAGACUGUUCUGUUUAGUAAGAACAAAUGGUCUCAUUUUUGUGAUGAUGUUAAAUCUGUCAGAGUCCAUCCUAAUAAAUUCAGCUAGAACAUUACUUUCAUUUCUUUUGACAGUCGAAACUACUUAAUAGUUAAAGCUUCUUGGUUUCACCUAUUGCUGUGUCGCUGAUGUUUUUAUUGUUUCACAUGGACAGCAAAUUUUCUGUGGCAGCACUUUCCACUGAACUGAGAGAGUAUGCAAUGGUCUUCACAGACAUUUGAAAGCUGUUCUUUCUGUGGUUCAUCUUGCUGUCCCCACCGGAUCCUCCUCUGCUGUUCUAUCCCCAAAGUUCACCUGGUGAUGUGGUGCUGGAAACCUGUACAUCAAUUGCACAACGCAUGAGUAGGGGUGAAACUAAAUUGGAAAGAAAAGCUACAUCUUCGUUUGGGAAUUCUAUUUAUACCAAUCUCUAGCAUGGUGGUAAUCCUCAAACUGCAGAAAACCAAAGUUGCUCUGCCAGACUCCUUUAUGAGUAAACUGAUCUCUUCUCUUGAGGCUUCUAUUGUGUUCCUAUAGAGGAAAUUCUGAACCAAGCUAUCACUCAAUUAGACAUAAAAUUAGACAAAAUUGCUGGCUAUAUCUCAUCUCAUAGUCUGUAGUUUGCUCUGGAAUUAAUCAAAGCGGAAGAUUUCUGCGUUGGUUCAGCCUGUGAACCAUUAAUCAUUUGCUUAGGUCUUCAAAUGCUUUGUAAAUAGAUGAUUUUAUGAUGUGGAUGAAGAGCAUCCUGAUUGAUUUGCUUGACCA